AUGGAACCAGAGCCGUCCCCUACCGCUCUCCUCGAGGCUAUCACAGCCCUCACAGCCACAGUUGGGUCCCUGCAGGACCAAAUCCGCGCCCAAAGCCAACAAAUCACUGAGCUUAGGGCCAUAUGCAAGGAAACAGCGGACCUCCUCGGGGAUAAGGAUCAAGGAGUCCCUCAAACCAAGCCUGGCCCAUCGACUGGGCCUGUCACUCCCCCUACCCACGCAGGGGGAGAAGCCCACACUCCAGGCACGGUUAGGCCUGGGCUCAAGGCCCCAUUCAGGCCAUCAAGAGGAACGGGAUUUGAUUCCGAAGAAGACGAAGAGCCAAGGCGCCCCAAAAAGGAGCCUCAGGGAACGCCUAGAAGGCACCUCGGGUCCCUCACCCCCUUCGAUGCUGGGUCCAGCUUUGACGAAGAAGAGCAGAUGGUCGUGUGGAUCCUCUACCACAUGACAGAUAAAGCAGCUGAUUGGGCACUCCCCCUCAUAGGGGCCAUCAUCAAGGGCGAGGGUAACCCGCCAACCACCAUCCAGGCCUUAACGGCCAAGUUCAAGGAGGCAUUUGACGACCCUGAUGCCAAGCGGGCGGCCGCCAGGAAAAUAGCCGCGCUAACUCAGACCACUACUACGUCUGAGUACGUCACCGAAUUCCGCAACCUCAUGGCGGAACUCGACUGGAACACCAAGGCGUACAUUGCCCAGUUCGUGCGCGGCCUUCACUGGAAGGUAAAGGAGCUCCUGUCCACCAAGGACAAUAUCCCAGACAACAACCUCGAGGCUAUAUUCGCUGCCUCGGUCAAAAUAGACAAUAUUCGUCGGGAAAACGAGGAGAACCGCCCCAAAAAGGCUCCCACCAAGGCCCCGGUCAUCGCGACCACUUCCACCACUACCACCACCCAACGGGUCCGCCUCUCUGAGGACCCUAAUUAUGUCACACCGGAAGAAAGGGAUUGCCGCCGCGCGUCUGGCCUUUGUGUCAAGUGCGGCCAGAAAGGGCAUGGGAUCAAACAGUGCCCUAACGGGUGGAAAGCCACAAUCAAGGAGUCGAGGACUGCUGCCAAGCCCCCGACUAAAAAGGACAAUAUAGAUAGUUGCGUUGAAUUUGUAUCAGUUGGUCUUGACUCAAAUAAAAAACCUCUAUUAUUUAUCGAUCUAUACGUCCAGAAUUUCCCGGCAGAACCUCUCAAAACUUUAAUAGACUCAGGAGCCACAUUGAACUUCAUUUCCCCCUCGAUUGUGGAAAAAUACAAAAUCCCAAAAACCCAGCUCGAAAAUCCACGAGUUGUGAGAAUGUUAGAUGGUACCAUUUCCCAGACUGGUCGCAUUUGGCACCAGGUUCAACUCGCGGUCUCGGCCCAUGGCCACACACACUCCAUCCCCUUCCUUGUCUGCCCAAUAGGCAACACCCCGGCAAUACUUGGCAUGACAUGGCUAACCCAGGAAUCACCUCUAAUAGACUGGUCUUUAGGCACCAUCACAUUCCCAGACCAAGUCCAGAUCGCCUCAGAGGAGGAAGCAGACCCUAAUCCCUUAGCCGACUUACCCGCAGAAUAUCACAAAUUUGCUCAAGUAUUUGGCAAAGAAGAAUUCAAGGUCCUUCCCCCCCAUAGGGAAUAUGAUAUUGCCAUUGAUUUAAUCCCGGAUGCCAAACUCUCCCCUGGGCCCAUUUAUGGCAUGACCAACGCAGAAUCAAAAGCCCUGAAGCAGCACAUUGACGAAGAAUUAGCAACAGGCAAGAUCCGUCCCAGCACUUCCUCAGCAGGUGCCCCGGUCAUGUUCGUGAAAAAAGCUGAUGGAUCCCUCCGCCUAGUUGUCGAUUACAGGAAGCUGAAUGACGUAACUCACAAGAACGUCUACCCGCUGCCAAGACAAGAUGACCUCAUGGCCAAGUUAAGACAUGCCAAAUUAUUCACAAAACUUGACUUACGCUGGGGUUACAACAAUGUGCGAAUCAAGGAGGGAGAUGAAUGGAAGACGGCCUUUAGGACCAAAUAUGGGCUCUUUGAAUAUCUAGUUAUGCCUUUUGGUCUUACAAAUGCUCCUGCCGCCUUCCAGCAUUUCAUGAAUGAUCUAUUCAGGGACCUCAUUGACGUCACAGUGGUCAUUUAUCUGGACAACAUCUUGAUCUUCUCAGAAAAUCCAGAAGAACACCCAGCCCACAUGAGGGAAGUACUAUCCAGGUUAAUGGCAAACCAACUCUUCUGCAAACUCUCAAAGUGUCAUUUCCAUGUAACCACGGUCGACUACUUAGGCAUUGUUAUCUCCCCUGCUGGGUUCUCAAUGGACCAGAAGAAAAUAGAAGCGGUCACAACCUGGCCCACUCCCAAAACGGUCAAACAGGUUCAGGCUUUCCUAGGAUUCGUCAACUACCUCAGACGGUUCAUUCCCAAUUUCAGCUUGGUUGCACGCCCCCUCCACAACCUCACCAAAAAGGAAACCCUUUGGUCAUGGGGUAACCCAGAAGAGGAAGCAUUCCAGGAGUUGAAACGCCUAGUUACUUGGUCACCAGUGCUUAUCCAUUCCAAUCCUAGCCUCCCCUACUACCUUGAAACAGAUGCGUCAGGGGUAGCCAUGGGAGCAAUCCUCAGUCAAAGAGGGGAGGAUAACCGUUUACACCCGGUAGCCUAUAUGUCGAAAUCCUUCUCUGGUGCUGAGGCCAAUUACGACACCCAUGACAAGGAACUCCUGGCCAUCAUCAAAGCCCUAGAGGAGUGGCGUAUUUUCCUAGAAGCAACAGAUAGGCCAAUUCAGGUUUUUACGGACCAUAGGAACCUAGAAUACUGGAUGCAGGCACGGACCUUCAACCGUAGGCACGCACGAUGGCGUAUUUUCCUGAGCGAUUUCAAUUUCGAGAUCCACUAUCGCCCAGGAAAGCAAUCAGGGAAACCAGACGCGUUAUCUAGAAGGUCAGAUUAUGUGGACACGUCCCCAGAACCAGAGGUCAUGUUACCAUCGGAGGUCUUUGCCAAUACGUCAGAGGAAGAAGUCAAAAUUGUCACAGAAAUUCGCUCUAGACUCAGGGAGGAUCCAUCACUGGAACCCAUCAUUCAAUUUCUCACAGAAGAUGCGGACAAUGCACCUCCCUCCAUUUGGAAAGCUUACAGAGACUACGAUUGGGAAGAGGACCUUCUAUGGUACCAAGGGAAACUAGUUGUCCCAGACUUGGAAACCCUGAAAGAACGGCUGCUGAGGGAAUUCCACAACUCACCACUGGCCGGUCACCCAGGUCAACAGAGGACCCUUGAGCUUCUAAGUCGCAACUACUGGUGGCCAGGCAUGAAAUCAUCCUCCAAAGAAUGGGUGGAAUGCUGCCCCACAUGCCAGGCCAACCGCCGAGCACGCGCCCCGGUCAUUGCCCUCAAACCUCUGGAAGUUCCCCCGUACCCAUUCCACACGAUUUCCUAUGACUUUAUCACGGGUUUCCCUAAGUCAAACGGCCAUGACGCAAUCUUGGUAGUCAUCGACUCCUUCUCCAAAUUCGGGCAUUUCAUCCCAACUACCAAGAAGGUUACAUCUAAAGGCCUAGCGGAUUUAUUCAUCUCACAUGUGUGGAAACUCCACGGGUUACCAGUCAAAACAAUUUCAGACAGGGGGACAACGUUUACUGGAAAGUUCCUAAGGGCACUCUAUCAACGCCUCGGAGUAAAACCAGCCUUUUCAUCAGCCUACCACCCGGAAUCGGACGGACAAACAGAAAGGGUGAACCAGUUCAUCGAGUUCUACCUCAGAUCAUACGUUGCCGCCGACCACUCAGAUUGGGCCACCUGGUUGCCACUAGCGGAAUAUGCCUAUAAUAACGCAAAACACUCUGCAACCGGAAAAACUCCUUUUGAAUUGGUUUAUGGAAGAAACCCCAUCAUGAAUCCGUCUAACGUUCCCGCGAAUGUUCCAGAAGCAGACCUUGUAGCCGAUACCUUGGCCCAAGAAUGGAAGGAAGCAGAGUCAGCGCUGAGAAUGACAAAAGAACGCAUGACUAAAACAACAGGGAUGAUACCGGAAUACUCCAUAGGCGAAAAAGUCUGGCUAGAUGGAAAGAACAUAGAACUUAGGACAAACUCCAAUAAGCUAGACCCCAAACGCCUAGGCCCAUUCAAGGUUACAGAGAAAUUAUCCAGCCACGCCUACCGCCUGGAACUCCCCGAAACCCUGAAAAUCCACAAUGUAUUCUACGUGGGAUUACUAUCAAAGGCACACGAGUCACCAAGUCAGCCGUUCCCAGAACGACCCCCUCCUGAAACAAUAGAAGGGGAGGAAGAAUACGAGGUCGAACAAAUCAUUGACUCUAAACGCCAACGGGGAAAAUGGUUUUAUUUGAUCAAAUGGAAGGGUUACGGUCCAGAGGAUAACUCAUGGGAGCCAGAGGAACUGUUGGAACACAGCCAGGAAGAGAUCAAGCGCUUUAACCAAGCCAGACUCAGAAAGGCUCGUGACGCCGCCAAGAGCCUUUAA